UGUCUCGCGAAUAGCAAGCUCGUGCAAGUACUCGAGCGAGCGAGUUUUCUCCAGUCAGACGUGGAGUCAGUCUGAGAAGUCGUCUCAGCUUUGGGUCAGAAUACGAGGGGGAUGUUGGAAAAGCUACGGCUUGUUGUAGAAUCUUUUCGUAAUAAUGCAGCGCACAACGACGCGAUCCACUUUCGACGUGCAUGUUUUAUGCUCUCCGUUCUCGUGAAUAAGCUUAACGCUGAUUGUAAAAUCAGUUUUUUUUUUUUAUUUGGUUACCGAUGGUGCCGAUUGAAAGACGAAACUCGACGGAAUUGUCUCGAUUCUUGCAACAAGUUGCAAGAAAAGAAAGAGAGAAAGAAGAGAGAAUGAAAGAGUGCCGAAAGAAGAUGAAAAAGAUGAAAUUUAGUAGAAAAAAAAGAAACGAAAUUCUGUGUGUAAAACAGAUGUCUGAACCUGCAAGUGAUCAUGUAGAUGCAUUGGAAGAGGAAUUGGAAGUGGAGUCUGAUUAUAAGCCUCCACCAGAAAAAACUAUUGAACAAAUCCUAGAGACAGACAAGGAGGAUGAGAGUCUACGGAAAUAUAAAGAAACGCUUUUAGGAGAAGCCAAGGCUGGUGGUGUUGUAGUAGAUCCUAAUGAUCCUAGACAAGUAAUAGUAAAGAAAUUGGCUCUCUGUGUUGCCGAACGACCCGACAUGGAAUUAGAUUUGACUGGUGACUUGGCACAGUUGAAAAAACAGACAUUUGUCAUUAAAGAAGGUGUAAGCUAUAGAAUCAGGAUUGAUUUUAUCGUACAACGUGAGAUUGUGCAUGGGUUGAAGUAUGUUCAGAAAACUUAUCGUCUCGGUGUACCUGGAGUCACAGUGGACAAAAUGACGCAUAUGGUGGGAUCAUAUCCUCCUAAGACGGAGCUUCAGUCUUAUACUACGCCAGCCGAAGAUGCGCCAGCUGGUGUAAUGGCACGAGGUUCCUACAGCGUCAGUUCACUCUUUACGGACGACGACAAGCACGAACAUCUCAAGUGGGAAUGGGCGUUUGAGAUUAAGAAGGAUUGGAAAGAAUAAGUCGUUUCCUAUUUCGUAGAAAUACGAAAGGAGUCGAAGAGAUAAUAAUUAUUCAUAAGUAGCAUUACCAUACACUCUGCGAAUAAUAAUUAAAGAAACAAAAUGCCAAAACAGAUUUAUACAUUCACGGAUGCAUUCUUAAUGUCAUUUAAUUGCGCUCGAUACUGUGUUGCCAUAUAUAACAUCAAAUCAACUAAUCAUAUAUUUUAAGUAAAAACACAGAAAAAGAAUGUAUAAUCGAUAUUUAUUAAGAGCUGUCCUUAUAUUUGAUUGGAUAUCCAAUCAUAAGAAUAGUACUCGACAAUUGCGAGAUACACGCGCGAGGGCGCGCGCGCGCAGGCACACACACACACACACACACACACA